UCAUUACAAUGAUUUGUAUAAUUUAGUGCAUUGAACAAACAAUUGAAUAUUUGUGCGACUGUCUGUUGAAUAUUACAAUAAAGUAUAUCUAUACAGUGUAUGAUGAUAAUAUGGUGAAUCAUACAAAUUUGUGAUGAUUAUAUAGUUUGUACUAGUAAGGAUAGAUGGCGUUUUUGUAAUGGGUGUGUUUGUGUGUCGUCCAAGUUACAUUGUAUUCAAUUCAAAGACGUUAAAUACCCGCGUUCUUUUCUUUUAAUUGUUGUCGUUGUAUUUGAACAAAAGAAAAAGAAGGUUUCGAAAUAAUGUGGUAUUUAUUCAAGAUCUCGUGUAUUGUUUCAAUCAUCUUAGCUAAUUCGAUUAGUCACGCCCUGGAAUGUUAUGUUUGCACUAAUCAGGAAGAUAAUACUGACAAAUGCUUAAAAAGUUUAAAAACAUGCGAACAGGGAGAGGAUGUUUGUUUAACAGAAAUUAAAUGGGGCAGUACACCGUACUGGUCGCAAGGUGCAAAAAAGCAAUAUUAUAUAUCAAAAAGGUGUUCUUCCAAAGUAGAAUGUGAAAGAGUACGACGCACUAACAUGCCACUUUGUACACAUAUUUGGUAUCAAGAUUGGAAAUGUUCAGAAUGCUGUCACGGUGAUAGGUGCAACUAUUAUAUUAUUUCUGAUGCAAGCCAAUUAAAAGCUACACUUGGAAGUAUUAUCUUGGUAUCGCUUAGCGUUUUUCUACUCGUUAGAUAAAAUUUACAACCAUAGUGAAUAUUAAUUAUCUUUUAUUGAAAAAAUUCAUGUAAUCUUACUCGACAUCGAAGGAGAUCAAUCUAUUAUACUUUGGAUGAAACACAACAGACAUCAUUUUAAUGAUGUCUCUUUUUUAAAAUGAACAACGUAUUAUAUUUAGUAUCGUAUAAAAUGUAUGACUAUUAUCAAAUAUUUACAUUUGAUUUAAGCCAUACGAGUACUAUGUACAAAUAAGUUUCUAUAGAAGAAACUCCGUCCAUAAUUUUAGACUGUUAAUAUGUUGAUUACGUUAAUAUUAGUAUUUUAUAUAUAUAAAUAUAUAUAUAUAUGUAUACAUGUAUAACUUUUAUACAUAACUUCAAUGACAAAGAAUUUUAAUCGAUCGUUAUGACAACAAAUAUAU